GGAAGUUUUUAAUGUUUGAAGUUUUAUUCUGUUUUUAGUGUUCUGUUGGGAGCCGCCCAGAGCGACUGGGGAAACCCAGCCAGGUGGCAGGGUAUAAAUAAUAAAGUGUUGUUGUUGUUUGUUGUUGUUGUUAGCAUAUUUAAUGUCCCAUUUGCCCCAGCUGGACUGAUUCCCUUGGGUGCUCCAAGCCUUGGUCUGACUCUGCGUCAUUCCAAGGCAAAACCCCACCCCUGGCUGACGUGCCAAACCUUGAUGCUGGGAGUGACUUUCUGCAGAGCCAUCUGGUAAACAGAUCAAAGAUGCCCCAUGGGUGACCAAAAAAGCCCCACCCCAGAUUGAGAUGCCCAGGCUGCAUAUAAGGACGAAUGCAGCCAAUCUGAGUUGCUUAUACUCAUUUGGCUGCCAUGCACAUUGACUCUCUGCUUCUUGUCAUUUGCAUUUUCCUUCUCUCUUUCUCUCUCUCUCCUGCAGCUAAGAGUUUGCUUCUUCUUCUUCUUUUCUGAGGAGACAACAAGAGGGAGCCAGAGGUUUGCAUUCCCAUCAAAACUCCAUGACUAAAGCCCCUUUGGAGGUAGAGAGAUUGAGGAGAGUAGCUGGCACCCAUUUUUCAUACUGAAAGAGAAGAGAGAGGGACAAGUUUUAAAGGUGAUCGGAUGGUGGUUUUGCUGGCCUGGUGCUCAUUUCAUUCUGCCUGUGGAGAUCCCUGUUGUGUGCUUGCCGCAGAAAUGCUCCUGGGGGGUAUCAAAGAUCACCCCUGCAGAUUGUCGUAAGCUCACAGGAAGUGCCUACCCUGCCGACCAACGACACACCUCUUUGGAUCCAUAAUGAACAGGACUGUAGCUUCUAACGCAUCGUCUCCACCCCAAAGCAACUGGAGUUUCCCCUUCCAGCCAUGUAGAAACGGCACAGAUAUUACUCUGUUUCUAGUCGCCUCUUACAGCUUGGAGACCCUGAUAGGUGUUUUAGGGAACUUGUGCUUCAUCGGCAUCCUGGCCAGACAUAAAGAGAAGGCCGCCGUCACCAACAUAUUUCUCGCCAGCCUGCUAGCCUCAGACUUGACUGUGUGCAUAUUCUGCUUGCCGUUCACUGUCACCACUGUCUUGUUGAAGUGCUGGGUAUUUGGCGAAGCCAUGUGCAGGGUGACCUUGUUCAUCCAGUGUACUUCUCUGACCGCCUCCAUCCUGUCGCUUGUGCUCAUUGCUUUAGAAAGGCACCAGCUCAUCGUAAACCCCACCGGCUGGAGGCCCAGCCUCUCCCAAGCCUACCUGGGCAUCGCCAUUGCUUGGAUAUUUGCUUCUUUCUUGUCCUUGCCUUUCGCCGCUCACAGCACCUUGGGCAAUGUCUCCCCGCAGCAGCUCCACAGAACAGAUUCUUUAGCGAGCAACACCGUUUGUUUCAGUGACUGGCCAUCGAGAGUUUACACACUCACCUACACCACUGUCUUGCUGCUCGUGCAGUACUGCAUCCCUCUUCUCUUCAUCGCGGUGUGUUACCUGAACAUCUACCUGCGCCUCCAGAAGAGGGAGGGCAUUAUUCGGAAGAAGCAUGAGUACAGUUGCCGGGCGAGCCACCUGAAGCAGAUCAAUACCUUGCUGGCGUUCAUGGUUGCCGCCUUCGCAGUCUGCUGGCUGCCACUUCACGUUUUCAACACCAUCGAUGACUGGAACUACAAAAUCAUCCCCCCCUGCACCCAUGAUCUGAUCUUCUCCCUGUGCCAUCUGGUCGCCAUGGCAUCGGCCUGCAUAAACCCCGUCAUCUACGGCUUUCUCAACAAGAACUUCAAAAAAGAAGUGAAGGCCCUGAUUCUGAGUUGCCAUCACCGCUCCUCGGCGCAGGAAUAUGAGAUGAUACCUGUAUCGACCAGGCAGAUGGAACUCUCCAAGGAUUCACUGAGGUUAAGCAGUCAGCAGAAUCCCAUUUAACUCCUAGGCUGAACCUUCCGAGUCCUGAGGCUUGGACCUCACCUAUAUCUACGAGCUCCUCCUCCAUCACCACCACCACGUUGCAGUAUCUGUCAUUCUCCAAUUUGCAAGGGACAACUGUCUGAAGUGAGGAGACUUUCAGGACUAAGGCAUUGAACUUCCCAUACCCCAACCCAUAUAAAUAAGAGACCAAUCAGACUGGGUUUUGGGUAAAAACAGGCCACAACUUUAUUGAAUACAGAUGAAAGAGGUUUGGCUUGGGGCAAUCUAAAUCCUUCCGGCCAGCCGGCCAGAAGUGACGCGAGGUCAAUCCAGGCGGGGGUUGCCUGGAUUGGAGCAAUCCAAUCCAAUUGGAGCAAUCCAAUAGGGUGACCCCCGCAGGAACUGCCGUCUGGGGGACAUGGCCACUCCCCCCGGGUCCCUUUAACGGGAUACCCCAGCGUUUGGAGGGGCAGGCGGGGACUACAACCUCCCCUCUGCCCCAAACAAGGGAUUUCCCCAGUGCCCAACCAGUUGUGAGGAAUUGCUGAGGUGGGCAAAACCACUGGGUAAGAGCCAAUGAUCCUGGUGGGCAAAUUUCUACCCAGCCCCGUAAAGAACAGCGGCCACCGUAGCCACAGCAGAGUCAUUGACUA